GCCCGGCCCGGGGACGGCGCUGCAGGGCGCUGGCCAUGGAGCCGGGCACCAUCGACAACCUGGCCAUCCUGUACCAGAGCUCCGACUUCAUCGUGGUCAACAAGCACUGGGACAUCCGCAUCGACAGCAAGAUGUGGUACGAGACGCUGACCCUGCAGAGCCAGCUCAAGUACCGCUUCCCCGAGCUGGCCGACCCCGACACCUACUACGGCUUCAGGUUCUGCCACCAGCUCGACUUCUCCACCAGCGGAGCCCUGUGCGUCGCGCUCAACAAAGCGGCAGCGGGAAGCGCCUACAAGUGUUUUAAAGACCGUCUGGUGACCAAAGCCUAUCUCGCCCUGGUGAGGGGCCACGUCAGCCAGAGCCGAAUGACGAUCCGCUACGCCAUAGGGAAGAACACCACCGAGGGCAUGACCCACAUGAUGUGCAUCGACGGGACGGAGGGCUGUGAAAAUCCCAAGCCUUGCCAGUCGGAGCUGAUCGUGCUCGAGCACGGAUCCUACAGCGGGGACCCCGUAACCAAAGUGCUGCUGCAGCCGCUGACAGGGCGGACUCAUCAGCUCCGGGUCCACUGCAGCGCCAUCGGCCACCCCAUCGUGGGGGACUUCACCUACAGCCACAAGAAGGACAGCAGUCCCUAUAGGAUGAUGCUCCACGCCUACUACCUGCGCAUCCCCACCGGCAAGGAGCUCAUCGAGGUCUGCGCACCCGACCCCUUCGUCACCACGAUGGACAGCAACUGGGUGCCCCACCAUGUCACUCACCGGCUGGAUGAGACCAUCCAAGAGCUGAAGGACAAGAUGAUGCAGAAGGGGGAAGAGGAGGAGAGCCAGGAGGCCGUGCUUGGUGGCGGAGGAGAGGAGGCACUGAGCGAAGCCAAGAGCCCGGAGACGGAGGAGCAGCGAGCCCGGUGCGAGCAGUGGUUGGCCGAGUGGGCUUUGGAGUGAGCACAAACCACGUCUCUGCAUUUCCAGCCCAAUGCUCCAUUUUAGUCCCAGUGGGUCUCCGCAGAGCCCAGCGCUGACUCCACAUCUGCACUUUCUGUAUGCCGUGGCUUCCCUCACUUCUGGGGCUGGGAUUAGACAGAUCUUUAGCAGGGAUUAGGAUGGGUUUAUUUUUUAAUGUACACAUCAUCCAUCUGGCCUCUGGAUGCCCCUUUCCUAAUUCUGGGCCUCAGCAGCAGAGUCGGUGUGUCACGUACCAGCUUAGAGUGACCCCAAAGCUUUACGUCCCUGUCCCAGGGCUCAGGCACAGCCGGGACAGCACGGACACUGCCUUUGCCACGAGCGCCACGUACGUAUCUGCAAACCCUCAGCGCUAGGAUGCUAAAAUGCAGACCAGCGAAGGGAGAGGAGAACACGCCGGGUGCAGCUUCGGUGUCCGCGUCCCCAGUUCCCUUCGCUCCAGGCUGCUGUGCUCACUGGCACAUGUGUUGUGUGGGAGGUGGGAGAUGAGGAGGCUGAAGUGCAGCCUGGGGGCACCGACAGCCCCCCCAGUCCCGGGGCGGCCCCGGGUGUUCUGCCCGCGGAGCUGGGCUGUGCGGCGGGCGCAGGAGAGGUCCCUGCCUGCCCACCCCUGCCCUCACGCUUUCCUUCCAGCCUCAGCCCACGCGUGGCUUUUUUAAAGGUUUGUUGAAGGUGAGUGAGUUGAUACGAAUGGAUUUUAAACUUUUUUCAAAUUUC